AAUAACGUUAAAACAUGUUUAAUGUUGUACAACGUUUAUAUUUGUUUUUAUUAUUUAUAUUAUUAUCGAUAACGAUAAAUUAUUGUCAAAAUCGAAUAAAACGAUUUGCAUACAAUGGAAACGAUCCAUUAGAAUAUAUUCAUCCAUAUAUAUGUGCUUUUAUUCAUAAACAAAAAAUGUUAGCCAAUUGUAUGGGUGUUCUUAUUGGAAAGGAUGGAGAAAUUCUUGUUACAGCAAAUUGUAUAAAUAUAAUUGCAAAGAAUAAAUCAAAUUAUUUUGUAUAUGUUGGACAUACAAGAUGGGGUAAUAAUUAUCGAUCAAUUGAUGAUAAAUUUGUAUAUGAUAUACAUAAAAUUAUUCCACAUUUAUAUGAUGAAACUGGAAUUCAUGAUCCAUUUCAUGAUCUAGCCAUUGUUAAGAUUAGAUCAAAAGAUAAUUUGAUGCCUACUUCACGUGCUUUAUUAUUAUUUAGCAAUAUAAUGGAUGUAAAAUUUUUGAAAAAUUGUCAAUUUAUUGGAUGGUGGGAAAAUAAUAGAAUUAUUUCUAAAAUCGAAACUUCUUUAAAAGAUAAUUAUGAUAUUUGUCUUAAAUCGUUUAAGGGAUUUGAAGAAAAAAAUAUUUAUUGUUUAGAUGUAUUUAUUGAUUGUCAACAAUUUUAUGGAGAUUUUUAUGGUUCAUUAUUCUGUGUGUUAAAUGUUGAUUCAAGUGAAAUGAACUUUUUAUUAUCGAUGGCUAAAUUUGUUAUUGAAAAAUGUGAAAAACCAUCUGAAUCUGUAAACAACGUUUAUGUAGCAGUAAGAUUAUCAGUUUUUAAAGAAUGGAUUGAACAACGAAUUGAAAUAUUAGAUUUUAAUUUGCCACCUAUGGUAUCAACAUUUCCAACUGAAAAAACAACAACUUCCAAAAAUCAAAGAAAUAAAUCAGUAAUCGAUUUUGGUUUUUGGGAUUUUCGAAUUUCGAUUGAUUUUUCAUUAGAUAAUCUCAAUAUAUUACCAUGUUCCAUAUUUUUUCUACUUAUGUUUAUAGCAUUAUUGUUUUUUUCAUUUAUUGAAUGUGCAUAUCUUUAAUAUUUUUCCAAAAAAAAAACAUUGAAAAAAUAAUAAUAAAAUAAAAUUCUUUUCAUUUCAAUCUUAGGUAAUUGAAAAAAAUAAAAUAGUUAUAAUGACAUGAUGAAUGUUUGGAAUAAAUUUAAA